GGGGAAAAAGCCCGAUCGCCCACCCCGCUCCCGGGCGGAGGGCGGGGGCAGCGCGUCCCGCGGGCCGAGCGCGUCUCGGGCUGUGCGCAUCUCUGCGGAGCGGCGCGGGAAGGAUGCUGGUCGGCAGGGGCGCGCGCUCGGGGCGCGGGAUGCCGCGGGGCUGGACCGCGCUCUGCCUGCUCAGUCUGCUGCCCUCUGGGUUCACAAAUACACAAACCAGGACCACUGUUACCACAGAGUCAGCCACCUCACAUACAAGUUCAACUGUUUCCGCAAAUGUGUCCAGCCAGGAAGCCACCACACUAAGUCCUCUUGGAAUUACCAUGACACACCCUGUCUCUCAAGACCGCAAUGGGACCGCAACAGCCAUCUCAGAGACUACAGUCAACUUCACUUCUACCUCUGAGAUCACCCCAGUGCCUGGAAUGGGGAACUCUUCUGUCCAGCCACAGACCUCUUUAACUGUCACGGCGUUUUCCACCACAACCAACUUUUCAGCUUCAGACAUGACUUUGAAGCCCAGCAUGCUCCCCGGAAAUGUUUCCGAUCCCCCAUAUAACAGCACCAUCAGUGUGACAUCCUCCACUGAGCCUUCUGCAUCAUUUUCUCCCACCCCAAGUACCAUCAAGGGAGAAAUCAAAUGUUCCCGAGUCAAAGAAGUGAAAUUGACCCAAGGUAUCUGCCUAGAGCUAAAUGAGACCUCCAGCUGUGAGGAAUUUAAGAAGGAUAAUGGGGAGGAACUGACUCAAGUCCUGUGUGAGAAGGAGCAGGCUGACACUGUGGCUGGCAUGUGUUCCCUGCUCCUGGCCCAGUCUGAAGCGAAGCCUCACUGCCUGCUGCUGCUCUUGGCCAACAGGACAGAACUUUCCAGUAAGCUCCGUCUUCUGAAAAAGCACCAGCCUGACCUGAAAAGGCUUGGGAUCAAAGCCUUCUCUGAACAAGAUGUUGGGAGCCACCAGGUCUAUUCCCGCAAGACCCUGAUAGCCCUGGUCACCUCAGGGAUCCUACUGGCUGUCUUGGGCACCACUGGCUAUUUCCUGAUGAAGCGCCGCAGUUGGAGCCCCACAGGAGAAAGGCUGGGCGAAGACCCUUAUUACACGGAGAACGGUGGAGGCCAGGGCUAUAGCUCAGGCCCUGGGGCCUCCCCUGAGGCUCAGGGAAAGGCCAGUGUGAACCGAGGGGCUCAGGAGAACGGGACCGGCCAGGCCACAUCCAGAAACGGCCAUUCAGCAAGACAACACGUGGUGGCUGAUACCGAAUUGUGACUCGGCUGGGUGGGGCAAGGCUGGGCAGUGUCUGGGGAAGGGGCCCCUCCCUGCAUCUGACCACACGCUGCCUCCACGCUGGAGGCACCAUCGAUUGCAUUCUACCCUUUCCUGCUGCACACAUCCUCGGAGGCUGUUCCUGGGGCCUGGUACUGCACCGGGCCGAAGGGUUCUCUCCACCUUGGUGGAGGAGAGAUAACCCCUGCCAUUUACAUGUUCAGCUCGCUAAGCCCAGAAUCGGGUCGGCUCUGAGUAAAGGUGUGGGGGGAGGGGAGGCCAAAGUGCAGAGAAGCUACCAGGGUUGGGGGUGGGAGGUGAUGAUCUUGCAUCACUCACACGUGGGCUUCUGUCCUCUCCCUCCUCUCUGCCAUAUUAAAGGAACUCCCAGGGGAAGCAUGGGCCUUUUCUGGGCUACAAUUUCCUCCCAGGAGGCUUUGCCUUUUCCUGUUUCUUCCUCAGACCUGUCUACUCUACAUCAGGGAAACCAAAGCAACCCAGUGCGCCUGCUCCCUUGUAAUGAUGCAGCCAGAAAGACUUGUUAUCCUAAACCGUCCCCCUUAUGCCCUGGCCAAGGCACUGUGGAUUCAGGCACCGGCUUCCCUCAUGCUUUCCGGUUUCCCCUGAGCUCCACACCUCCCUCCACAUCUGCAUACAGAAGCCUGCUUCGUUUUCUGGCUGAGCCUGGAACGAGGCUCCAAGUUUUGAACAACGUCUUGUGUGUGUGUUUGGGAGACAGGGUUAGGGGGACAUGGGUCCAUGCAUUCCUUCCUGUGGGGGCAAGUGGGAGAGAGCGAACGGCUCAGUCCUUGUCUCUCUGGGGCUCAUGGAGCCUCGUCUUGAGCCUCUGUUUCUCCCUGUGGGUCAGAGUGGACAGGAUCAUGGGACCAGACCUUUGAGCCAAGCCUCUUGACUUGUGCAUCUCUGAGGAAGCGCCUUGCUCAGAGGCUAGGUCCUGGCCUUAUCCUCUGAUCUCCAUGGCUUCUUCCUUCCUCCCCCUGACUCCUGGGUUGAGCUGUGGACUCAGUCUCCCAGCAGACUCCUUUCGAUCUCUGUCUCCCUCACUCCAAUCCCCUCACUGCUCCGCACCUCCAUGUAGUCAGGGCCCCUUGACAUCUCCAGAGAACCUUCACCACAAGCCACCUCCUCUGUAGGUGACCCAGGUUCUCAUUUGUAUUUUUCAGUGUUUUUUUUUUUUUUCCAGAGGGGUAAGCAGGGAUCCUGGUUUCAGUGACGGUUGGAAAUCGAAUUUUCCAGAGAGAGGAAGAUUGGGUGGGUUUUAUUUCUGAAUAAAAAAAUGGUGUGUGUAAAUACUGUAAUUAAAGUGAUACUGAGACACA